AUGACGGAGUCUACACCCUUGUUUAUUGCCCACCCGCCGGAGAUGACUGAUCUCAACCCUAGCAUGUUUUCCGAAUCCGACAUGAUCUCUAUUCCGCCGCUCGAUCCCGAUUUCCUUUCUGCUUCCGAUCCAAUUCCAAUGGAUCCCCGGAUCUCCGAUCUCGACUUCUUGCUCGACGACGAGAACGGAGAUUUCCCGGAUAUCGAUUUCGAUUUCCCAUUUGAGAAUUCCGACGAUUUCUUCAAUUUCAACUUCGACGCGGAACCCGCGGCGGCGAUCCCGGACGAAUUCGGGACCUCUGGAGAUCAGACCCCAGAAGCGAUCGCAAAUUCGAAUUCGGAAUCACCGGAAGCCAAAAACGUCGAUCGAUCCCCAGAAGGGCGAUCUGAUUCCGUUCAUUCUCAGGUGUCAUCUCAAGGCUCCAAGACUUUUGUCUCCGGCGGCGCUUGCGACAUCUCCUCCCCUGAUUCGAGCAAUCUAGGGCUUCAACAGAAAUCAUCCACCAGCAAAAGGAAGAAGGAAAAAGGAGACUCCGGAGGCGAAUUCAGGAGCUUCAAGUACCAAAAAUCCGACGAUAAAUCAGCCGCUACAUACGAAGACGGCGACGACGACGACAAGAAGAAGAUGAAGCUGAUUCGAAACCGCGAAAGCGCGCAGCUUUCGAGGCUGAGGAAGAAGCAAUACGUUGAGGAGCUUCAAUUGAAAGUGAAGAGUAUGCAUUCCACAAUUACUGAGUUAAACGGUAAGAUCUCUUAUGUGAUGGCCGAGAAUGCAGCGUUAAGGCAGCAGAUGGCUGCUGCUUCUGGUGCUCCUCCGAUGAAUCCUUACAUGGCUGCACCACCUUUACCGUAUCAAUGGAUGCCAUAUCCACCUUAUCCAGUUAGAGGUUAUGGAUCGAAUACUCCGUUGGUUCCUAUUCCCAAAUUGGCUCCUAAGGCAGCUUGUAGACCGAAGAAGCCAGAGAGUAAGAAAAACGAGGGCAAAAGCAAGGUCAAGAAGGUUGCUAGUGUUAGUCUUCUUGGAAUUUUGUUCUUUAUGUUCUUGUUUGGUGCAUUGGCUCCGUUUAUGAAUGGAGGAGAGAGUGGUGGCUUUAGCGGUUUGUCUAGUUAUGAGGGUCGUAGGUAUUAUGAUGAACAUAAGGGGAAGGUUUUGAUGGUAGGCGAUGGCUCUGAUGUUAGAAGAGAAAGUGGAUUAUCUAGUAGGAGGAGUGAUGGUGAGAGAGAUAGUUGUGGAGGAGUAAGUUCAUUGAGCAAUGCUAGUGAGCCUCUCUUUGCUUCUCUCUAUGUUCCAAGAAAUGAUGGUCUUGUGAAGAUUGAUGGGAACUUGAUAAUUCACUCUGUUUUGGCGAGCGAGAAAGCUAUGGCGAAUAUCUCUGAUACAGUGAAAAGUGAAAAACCUGGUCCAUUGUCUUCUGCAUUAGCUGUCCCUGAGGUGAGAGGAAAUGGAGCAGUGCUUCCACAUUCCAAGGCUCUCUCUGCUGCUUCUCCUGAGGGGAAAAGACUUCACCAAUGGUUUCAUGAAGGUGGCUCAGGGGGUCUAAUGGAUUAUAGCAUGUGCACUGAGGUUUUCCAGUUCGAUAUUGCUCCUGGUGCUAUAGUUCCAUCAACAGUCUCCAACAUUACAAAGGAGCAUCUCCAAAAUGUCACCACCCAUGAUAAGAGGAUGAAGAACAGGAGAAUUCUUGAGGGACUUCCGGUUUCACUUGUGGCGUCUGAGCUUAACAUGACUGGAACACAGCCGAGCAAAGACGCUCAGAACAAGAGCUUCCAUGGGAACACUAACAACAAACCCACAUCAUCAUCCUCCAUGGUUGUUUCUGUGUUGCUUGAUCCAAGAGAGGUCGUUGACCCUGAAACCGAUAGAGUCAUACCCCCAAACCCGAAAUCACUUUCCCGGAUCUUCGUGGUGGUGCUUCUCGAUAGUGUCAAGUACGUUACCUACUCGUGCGUUCUUCCCCGGUCAGGUCUCCAUCUCGUGGCCACCUGA